AGUAGGUAAUCAGUUUACUAGCAGGGAGUACGAACUCCAAGAUACCAGAAUAGUGACAGCGUCUUAACUCAUUCUACAGCAAAUUGAAACUCAAAGGAGAGGACACUUCAAGGAUUCUUCCCAAGUAGUGCUAGGUCUGGGCGAAGGUGGGUGAGUAGAAGCUGGGGCCCGGGAGGCCAAUCAGUGGGAUGGCAGGUCCAGGGGCGGCCAGUCACCCCGCGGAUGGCCUAGUCUCCGCCUCCGGCCGACAGCCGGGCCUAGGCGACAGCCCCGCCCCUCCCCGCCCCCAGCACCUGCAGCGCCGCGGGCCAAGGUGUGGCGGCCGGUUCUCCUCGGGGCGCGGGGCUGAGAACAGCCAUGACUGCUAAAGAACAUCCAUCAUUGUGGGGCUUUGGAACAACAAAAACAUUUAAAAUUCCCAUUGAGCAUUUGGAUUUCAAGUAUAUUAAAAAAUGUUCAGACGUUAAACACCUGGAAAAAAUUCUCUGUGUGCUCAGAUCUGGUGAGGAAGGAUAUUAUCCAGAACUUACAGAGUUUUGUGAAAAGCGCCUUCAAGGCUUGGCUCCUACAAGUAGAGCUUUGAGGAAAGAUAAACCAGCAGCUACAGCAUCCAGUUUUACAGCAGAAGAAUGGGAAAAAAUUGAUGGUGAUAUAAAGAGUUGGGUAUCAGAAAUUAAAAAAGAAGAAAAUAAAAUGCACUUUUAUGAAACUGAAACAUUUACAGCAACGGAAGAUAAUUUGCCUCCAGUUCGUGGUUCAAAUAGCUGUCCUUAUGUUGGCAAGGAAAAAUAUUCUAAAAGUAGACCAGCUAAAAAGAAAAUUCCAAGGGAUUAUGCAGAAUGGGAUAAAUUUGAUGUGGAAAAAGAAUGUUUAAAAAUUGAUGAAGAUUACAAAGAAAAGAUUAUAGUAGACAACAAGUCACAUUUGUCUAAAAUUGAGAAAAAAAUAGACACAACAGGUCUAACUGAGAAGGAAAAGGAUUUUCUUGCUACUCGUGAAAAGGAAAAAGGAAAUGAAGCUUUCAAUUCAGGAGAUUAUGAAGAGGCAGUGAUGUAUUAUACCAGGAGCAUAUCAGCACUUCCCACUGUAGCUGCCUAUAACAAUCGAGCUCAAGCAGAAAUCAAAUUACAGAACUGGAAUAGUGCUUUUCAGGAUUGUGAAAAGGUCUUGGAGUUAGAGCCUGGAAACAUAAAGGCUCUUCUGCGUCGUGCUACUACAUAUCAACAUCAAAACAAGCUACAGGAAGCUAUAGAAGAUUUGAGUAAAGUACUGGAUGUUGAACCCGAUAAUGAUUUGGCCAAGAAAACCUUGUCAGAGGUUGAAAGAGACCUGAAAAACUCUGAACCUGCAUCUAAGACUCAAACCAAAGGGAAAAGGAUGGUUAUUCAGGAAGUAGAAAACUCCGAAGAUGAAGGCGGGAAGGGCGACGGAGAAAAACAUGAAGAUGGCAGUGGAGACAAUAAGGCCGCCGAGCCGCGCGCCAUGGGCAACAUCCAGAAGAAGCUGACGGGCAAAGCCGAGGGCGGCAAGCGGCAGGCCCGGGGCGCGCCGCGGCGGGCCGGCGGCGGGCGCCGGCGCGGACAAGCGGGGCGGCCGCGGGCCUCGGCGACGGCGGGCGGCGGCGCCAACGGGCACCCGGCAGCGGGCCGGUCGCUGGGGACCCCGCCCGCCGCCCCGGCCGGCCCCGCCGGCCUGAAGACCCAGGGCAACGAGCUGUUCAAAAGCGGGCAGUUCGCCGAGGCGGCCGGCAAGUACUCGGCGGCGAUAGCGCAGCUGGAGCCCGGAGGAAGUGAAAGUGCAGAUGAUCUAAGUAUCUUAUAUUCAAAUAGAGCAGCAUGUUACCUAAAAGAAGGAAACUGCAGUGGCUGCAUUCAAGAUUGUAACAGGGCUCUGGAACUUCAUCCAUUCUCGAUGAAACCUCUUUUGCGACGAGCAAUGGCCUAUGAGGCUUUAGAGCAGUAUGGGAAAGCUUACGUGGAUUAUAAAACAGUGCUGCAGAUAGACCGUGGAGUCCAGCUAGCAAAUGACAGUAUUAACAGAAUAACAAGAAUCUUAAUGGAGCUGGAUGGACCAAAUUGGCGGGAGAAACUGUCACCCAUUCCUGCUGUGCCCACUUCUGCACCACUGGGAGCUUGGCGUCCUACAGCAGAGACAACCUCACAGCAAGUGGGACAUCCCAGCAGCCAUCACCAGCUGGGCAUGACAGAUGAAAAAAUGUUUACAGCCCUUAAAGAAGAAGGAAAUCAAUGUGUAAAGGACAAAAACUAUAAAGAUGCCAUUAGUAAAUACACUGAAUGCUUAAAGAUUAACAACAAGGAAUGUGCUAUAUAUACAAACAGAGCUCUCUGCUACUUGAAGCUGUGCCAGUUUGAAGAGGCAAAGCAGGACUGUGACCAGGCACUUCAGAUAGAUAACGGGAACGUGAAAGCUUUCUACAGACGAGCUCUGGCUCACAAAGGACUCAAGAAUUAUCAGAAAAGUUUAACUGAUCUCAAUAAAGUUCUCCUACUAGACCCAAAUAUUGCUGAAGCAAAGAUGGAACUGGAAGAGAUAACCAGAUUCCUUAAUAUUAAGGAUAAUACAUCAUCAUUCAGUAAACAAAAGGAGAGAAAGAAAAUUGAGAUUCAAGAGGUGAAUGAAAGCAAUGAAGAGAAGCCUGAAAGACCCUCAGAGGAGGUCUCUGCUGCCUGCCUUGCUUCUGAGAAGGGAGACAAAAGCAACGGGCCACCAGAAUACUCUGAAAAACUUCAGAUCUCCAAGCCUAAUAAUGCCUAUGAAUUUGGUCAGGUUAUAAAUGCUAUCAAUACUAGGAAAGAUAAAGAAGCCUGUGCACACCUUUUAGCCAUCACUGCACCAGAAGAUUUGCCAAUGUUGUUGAGUAACAAACUUGAAGGGGAUAUAUUCCUCCUCCUCAUUCAGUCUCUGAAAAAUGAUCUUAUUGCUAAAGAUCCUUCAUUGGUAUAUCAGCAUCUUUUAUAUCUGAGUAAAGCAGAAAGGUUUAAGAUGAUGUUGACACUAAUUAGCAAGGGCCAAAAGGAGAAAAUUGAACAGCUAUUUGAUGACCUUUCAGACACAUCCAACAACCAUUUUACUUUAGAAGACAUACAAGCCCUAAAAAGGCAGUAUGAGCUUUAAAUCAAGAUUUUUCUUCCAUGCAUGUCUGUGUUCCAGUAAUGCUAAUGAAAUGGUAUUGUAUUAGAGUUGCAUGGAUAAAGUCUGGCUGAGAAAAGAUCCCUUAGUCUGGACUAUAAAACAUUUUACUUAUUUUUAUACACAGAACAUGUAUAUUCUAUAAUCUGCUUUUUAUUAGUUGUAAAUAUUUUCUUAUGUGUCAGAGCCAACAUCUUUAUAUUUAAUAAGUAUAUUUGGACGUGUUAAAAAUACAUUUUAAUUUAUAGUAUACAUUUUCUUUUAAUAACUCACCUGUUGAAAAUUUGAGUUAAAUUGCAUUUCUUUGAGCUAUGAAGGUGUCCUCUUAAAUUUGACUGAAUUUCUUUGUAGUUCUUUUUUAAAAGUGAGUCAUUAACAGUGAUUAUUAUAUCACCUUAUAUCCUGCUGAUAUACAUAAAUCCCAUUUUAUACUAGUACCUGUGAGUCAAUUAAAAUGAAAUAUAACACUGAAGUCUGUGACAUGAAAUGAUUAAAUUGUGUUUAUUAAUUUAGAGCUAUAAGAUGAACUUUUCUAGUAUGCCUAAUUAAGAACAAAAAUUUCUACCACUUUUUACUAGAUUUCUAAAGGCCAUUUUCCCUUAUAUGUUGCUUAUAUAAGUAAAAACAACCAACCAUUAUAUAAAAGCAAAGUAAGCCUGCGUUUAUAUUUGAAUUGUCAUUCCUAUAUUUUCCCCAAAGAUUUAAAUGUCUCCCUCCUCUGUUUUCUGCUGUCGUGACUAUAUUUAUUCUUUCACUGUAAAAGGGAAAGUGAAUAACUCUUAUAUUUAAAGCUCCUUUGUUAACUGAGUCAAAGUAAAGGUAUUUGAAUCUC